AUGAAAAGGGCAGUGCUGUCUCUCCUUCCAUACCUACGUCAUCCGCACCAUUUCCACAGUCCACCCCCGCGGCCAACAGCUAGCUCUUUCUCCCUUACUCCAGCCCUCCGUCUCUGGGCUGGGAUACCCACAGAGCGAGAGGGGAACGGCGCGCCCGGCGGACGGCCUGCGAUAAAGACGAGGAGCCUCCGGGCCGCUCUUUGCGCGGGCAGAACAAAGGCUGAGGAGGCGGCGUCGGCGGCGGUGGCACUCGAGGGCGGGCAGCGACGUGACCCGGAAUGGCCGGCAGCGAGCAAGUGCCGUCCGGCCCAAAUUAAAUGCUUACCGCCGGCGACAGCGGCGAGGGGCGGCGAGAGCCGACGAGAGCCGACGAGAGCCGAUAAUUGCCGCUCCGAUGCGGCGCAGAUAGGGCACGUUCCCCGCCCGCCGCCGCCUUUGUCUUCUCCGCCACCCGGCGCGCCGCCGGUCACGUGA